AUGCCCUCAAAAAUGACCGAUCGUAAAUAAUAAUUCCUGAACAAAAAAAGAUGCGAGGGAAAUUGAAGUUUUGAAAGAAGGCAGACAUAAUCACGAAUUGUGUUGUUUGUUCUUUUCAUCAAGGCCCCAUUCAAACCAGCCUCGCUGAACUGGGCACCCCUGAAUAAAUAUUGUUCAAAAUAAAAUAAAUAAAUAAAUAAAUUGCUGCACCAAUUUUUCUUAGUUGAAACCCAUGGCUGUUAGAAGGAUAACAACGGCCUCUGUUACGUUGUGCAAAACAUGCACUACAUAUGAGAUGUAAAUCGACAUCCAAGACAGUGAUUUGAAAAGAAAAGUGGAACCCCUUUAAUAUUACUACAAGUGGGCCAUGAUAUUUUGGUCUUAUUAAAAAAAACAAGGUUUUUUAAACAAUGAUGACUCAACGUCAAUUGAUUUACAGACAAAAAGUGUAGUCCACUGUGUCUCUCACAAUCAGGCAAGAUUAUCCUUCAGGAAGUAAAAUAAGAGAAUUUGUUAAGACGGCUCAGUCUUGUCUUAGGAAAAUUUCCGUAAGAAUCAAAGUGUUUAUCCUGCGUGAAUGCAUGGGAAAACUAACAACUAGCUCCCUUUUGAACAUUUUCCCAGAAAGAUCACAAGUACACGUUAAUUUUUAAAAAACAACAACAACUUUAACCGCCGUGGCGCAGAAAUCGUCUAUUGAGAGAAGAGUCUCAGUCUCGCUGCCUCCGGAGUUUUAUUUGGUUUUCCAACUACAGUUGAACCCCGCUUUACGGACACGUAUAUAUAUAUAUAUAUAUUUAGUAUAUACACACUCAGUGAUCUUGGUAAUUCAAGUAAUCUGAUUGGUUAGCUAUCUCGGACUAUGACGUUAUAUUCACCGCGCUAGGCGGUGAAUAUAAAGCAGAACAAAACCGCUGUCGUGAACUGGGUGUUGUGGCAAAGUUUCAGAGUAAAGCCUUUUUGAAAAUGCACGAAUAUCCAAGUUCUGAUGAUUUUGAAGGCAAGAAAAGACUUCAUGGUGUUUAAACAGCGUGAUUUAUUGUGAAGUGGUUUACUGUAGCUGACUUUUUGUACACUCGAAGCUAUGUUUACCACUACUGAGGAAAACGAGGUCGCUUUGUCACCGUUUUGUGAUUUCGGGAUUUUCUCGCAAGACCAAUUUUGCCUAUAAAUAGAACUUAAUUCAUGGAGAAAAGAGGAAGGCAAAUAUUUUCGAAAAUUGUACACGCCAGCAAGUUAACAAGGCAAAGAGCAUUGGAGAUAAACAAAGCUCACCUUGAUCGUAGCCGCUGUUGACAGCAUUUGCAAGAAGCGACAAAGAAAACUUUCUCAUUCACGGUGAGUUGACAGAAACAAAUAAAGCUCUACUUUUCUUCUCAGAAUUGGGUAGUAAUCUAAAUUUUCGGCGUUUUCUUUUAAACUGUUCAUGCUAAAGCUUACAAAAACUCGAUACAAAGAAAUUAAAACUAUCAUUUGCCAUGUUUGAAGAUACUGUAAAGAUCUAACUUUUGCGCAUCCACUGUUUACGGCUUCGUGUUCACGCAUGAAUUCACCUGUCAAUCAAACUAAUCGUUUUUUAAUGGUUUCCUCUCUGAUUCUGUUGAGAUCACUUCGUGUGAAUAUACUAAAACAAUUAUUCACCUCGGACUCAGUUAAUAUUGUUGAAUAAUCCCCUCGACUUCGUCUCGGGGAUUAUUCAACAAUAUUAACUUCGCCUUCGGCGAAUAAUUGUUAAAUACCGUAAAUGCUCGAAUUAGCGCCCGGGGCGCUUAUUUAAUUUUCUAAGGCGAGAGGGGGGCGCUUAGUUGAAGGGGGCGCUUAUUUCGUUUAUCAAUUUUUAGCCUCAAAAUGACACUAUCUUUAUUUCUAUUUAAAACCAAACUGCAACAUAAAAAUUCAAAAACCUUAUAGAAAACUAAUUUUUGCGAACUCGGAAAGACGAACGAAAGGAGGCUAAAGAGCAUGAUGAAUAUACUGUUAGAACAUUCAUUCAAGAGAGUGGAAAGAUGGUUGGACAUGUACCCAUUGAACUUUCCUUCCUCGUGUUUACAUUUCUACGAGCUCAUGAGGAUAAUCAGGUGGUAGUUGAAGUCACUGUAAGCAGGAAACUUGAAAAUGGCCUCGUAAUUCCAGGAACUUUUAAGGCAGUAACAAGGAGCCGGCGAUUGCGAGCAAAGUUUUACGAGGAAACUAUGUGUUCACAUGGAUAUUUCUAUCAAGGAAAUGAGAAGCAAACCCGACUUUGAAAGGACAUUACUGUUUAUACUAUUUAACAAUGUCACAUUUCAUUAAAAGAACCGUAUAGACCGUAUACGUCUCGUAUAUCGUACCGAGUACCGAAACUCAUUAUUUGAAGGGGGGGCGCCUAUUACAAAUUUUGAGCCUUAGGAGGGGCGCUAAUUCGAAGCGGGGCGCUUAUUUGAAGCUGGGCGCUAAUUCGAGCAUUUACGGUAUAUAUAGUGACUCGUAGACGUCAACUUAAGACUAUUUUGACAUCAAACGAGUUAUGCAGAGAACCGUGUUUUGAUUAAGCAGAUAUAUGAGGGUGAUUUUUGACUGUUUCCGUGGAUUUAUUCCGGGGAAUGACGGCUUUGUGAAGGUUUAUGCCCUCUUUUAUUUGUUUAGUAUUUUGCUCUAAUAAAAAAUGUCUUUUUGAUUUUAAUAAUAUGUCCCGCUUAAUACGAACACUUCCUAUGGUCAGUCCAGUGUCCGUAUUAAUGGGGUUUGACAGUACCAGCAAUUUUAAAUGUAUUUUAAGAUAUCUUAUCACCACCGCUGUAAUUUCGCAAGGGUUCAAGAUGAUGCAGAUCCUGUGUUCUGACUGGCUACCCGAGCGGGCAAGAUGGGCCUAUCUCUGCAGCUCGGGACCUCCCGCGUUGGUCCCCGGAAGAAACAAUUUCUGUUUUUGGCGAUAUAAUAAACCCUUCACUGACCACGCUUGUAUAUGACUGGAUCAGCCCCGGCGUUUUUUUUCGUGUUUCAUCAUGAUUUAUUGAAAAGCGGUCAACAGCAACCCUCUGAAGUAAAUAUGGAUUAUGUUACCCGCUAAAAGAACUUUUGGCGGGAAACAAUUUUGUUAGAUGUGACCUCGGAGGACCACUUUUGAGGAAAAACAUCCGAGUUGUAUUAGGCAUUUUAUUGUAUUCUCAAACGGGGCGCUUUCAAGCGUGUUACAAUAUAGGAAAAGCGAAAGUGGCAUUCAGCACGUUUGGCUACCUAGCUUCAACUUGUUUGAGUAAAUAGGUUUGAUUAUGUCUAAUGUGUCUAUAAUUCUCGUUAGAUAUUCCCAUUGACGGAGGUUACUCGCAGUGGAGCCCUUGGAGUAGGUGUUCUCGGUCAUGCGGU